AUGGGACAGAGCUGCUCCUUCCUCUUGCUGCUGCUCCUCUUGUCCCUGAUGCCGGGAGCCGCCUUCUCACUCCUGCGAUACCGCUACGACUGCGGGGACUACAGCAUGCAGCUGCUGGUGUACCCCACCCGUGGCCGCACCGUCCGCUUCAAAGUCAUGGAUGAGUUCGGCACCCGCUUUGACGUGGCCAACUGCUCCAUCUGCCUCCACUGGCUCAAUGCCGGGGCAGAUGGUGCCAUCAUCUUCUCCUCUGGCUAUGAGGGCUGUCAUGUCCUGGUGAAGGAGGACCGCUACGUCCUGAGGGUGCAGCUGGAAGAGGUGCUGCUCAGUGGGGUCCUGGCUGCCUCCUACGAAGUCAACAUGACCUGCCCGCAGGACUACGAGAUCCACACCGACGGCAACACGCGCACCGAGCAACGGGCCGGCCGGGGCAACAAUGUCCACCAGACCCAGGCUGAUGUUCUCGUCCCCCUUUCCCAGCCUGGCCUCCUGCACCACGUGUCCCAGUCCUCCCUUACCCUCUCGGGACCCCAGCUCUCUCCCCAAGCCCACUCGGAGCCGCGGGGUUUAACACGCCCGGGCAUGCAGCCCCCAGCCCAGCCAGGGCUCCUUCGCCCAGGGCUUCAGACCCAAAACCAGCCUGGGCUGGUGCACCCUGGAGCCCAAACCCAACCAGGUCUUCACUCCGGGCUUCAGACCCAAAACCAGCCUGGGCUGGUGCACCCUGGAGCCCAAACCCAACCAGGUCUUCUUCACUCCGGGCUUCAGACACAAAACCAGCCCGGGCUGGUGCACCCUGGUGCUCAAAGCCAACCAGGACUUCUUCAUCCAGGGGUUCAGACUCAAAACCAGCCUGGGCUGGUGCGCCCUGGAGCUCAAACCCAACCAGGUCUCCUUCGUCCAGGAAUUCAGACUCAAAACCAGCCAGGGUUGGUGCACCCUGGGGCUCAAACCCAACCAGGUCUCCUUCGUCCAGGGCUCGUGCCCCGAAACCAGCCUGGGUUGGUGCAUUCCAGUGUCCAGUCUGGCUUAAUUCAUGCUGGUGCUCAAACUCAAGCCGGCUUCGUACGCCCAGGAGCUCAGCCCCAAAGCCCGCUGGGCUUAGUUCGCCCCAACCUUCAGACUCAUUCCCAAGCUGGUCUCCUCCGCCCUGGGCUCCAAAGCCAAGCUGGGCUGGUACAUCCUGGCCAUUCCCGACCGGGUCUGGCGCGUCCAGGACUCCAGUCCCGACCGGGUUUGGUACGUCCUGGACUUCAGCCCCAAGCCCAGCCUGGUUUGCUGCGUCCUGGGCUUCAAUCUCAGCCCAGUCUGCUGCAAUCCACAGCUCUCUUCUACCCCUCACCAGGGGCAGGGACCCAGGUGACACGGGAGCAGUGCCAGGUGGCGGUGGGGAGGAUGGCGUGUGUGGCCCCCCAGGGCCGGGAGGCAUGUCUGCAGGCGGGCUGCUGCUACGAUGACAUGGACCGCAUCACACCCUGCUAUUACGGCAACACGGCCACCGUGCAGUGUCUGCUGGACGGGCACUUUGUUGUGGUGGUGCCACGGGGCCUUGCCACCCAGCCCUACAACCUGGACAGCGUGCGCCUCGCCGGCACCCAGGCUGGCUGUGAGCCCCUCCAUGUGACAGAGACCUUCGUGAUGUUCCGCUUCCCCGUUACGCAGUGCGGUACCACUGUCCAGGUGAUCGAGGACCGGCUGAUCUAUGAGAAUCAGCUGAUCUCCACCAUCGAUGUCCAGGGGUCCCCCCGCGGCUCCAUCACACGAGACAGCAUUUACAUCCUCCAAGCUCGCUGCAUCUACAACGCCAGCGACCUCCUGCCGCUCCGCAUGGAGGUGGCCGUGCCCCCCACUGCCAUCCCCUUGGCCAUGCCAGGGCCGCUCUACGAGAGCUACAGCUCCUACCACCCCGACGGUGACUACCCCUUGGUGAGGGUCCUCCGGGACCCCAUCUACGUGGAGGUUCGACUCCUGCAGAAGACGGAUCCCAACCUGGUGCUGGUCCUGCACCACUGCUGGGCAUCCCCCAGCACUGACAGCACAGCCGAGCCCCAGUGGCCCAUCCUGGUGGAUGGGUGCCCCUUCACAGGGGACAACUACAGGACGCAGCUCGUGCCCGUGGGACCGGCCUCGCCGCAGCUCCCCUUCCCCAGCCACUACCAGCGCUUCGUCAUCUCCACCUUCACCUUCGUGGAGCCCCCCUCCAUGGCAGUGCUGGAGGGAGAGGUGUACAUCUCAUGCAGCGCUUCUGUGUGCCACCUCGCGCAGCCCGAGCCCUGCCGGCCCUCCUGCCACCUGGGAGUGCCCUCACGAGCACGUAGGUCUCUGGAGGACAGGACAGGUGAAGCCAUAGAUACGGUCACCUCCCAGGGAUGCAUUGUUUUCUCGAAGGUCCCCAAGCCGCGGAGAGGCUGA